AUGUCUGAGGAAGAAUUCGAGAAACUCCCACUGGAUCAACUUCUAGCUCAUAAAUUAUGGAAGGCACGUCAGCUUGGAUACUCUAAGUUGAGAAUACUAGCUGAAAAUAAUGUAAAUGAUCCGGAAAUACAUGACCUGCUAGAGAAUCCAGAGAGGCUUCGCAAGAUUGUUGCCGAUCCAAAUGUUCUCUCCCAGGAAACGGCAAUUCAUACAUUAUGUGAGAUUUUAAAAAGGACAGGCAAACAAGCUGUCAAAACAAGAGAAUUUAUUGUGCCAGUUCUAGUAGAAAAAGGUAUAAUAUCCUCCAAAAUAGGGGCCAAGAAUGAUUCUAUUGAAUGUUUGUUGAUAUACGUUGAAAUAGAUACCCCUGAUCCUGUCAUUGAGUUGAUGGUUCCUUCAUUAGGUGUCAAGAACCCAAAACAGGUAACUGCCACCAUCAAGGCCAUCAAUGCAAUAUACGCUGAAUUUGGAUGCGAUGUCGUCAGUCCAAAACUUAUAAUGGAGCAUAUAACUAAAAUGUUUGCACAUUCAGAUAGAAAUGUACGGGCUGAAGCAAGUAGUCUCUCUGUUACGAUUCGUUCUUAUAUGGGUGAUUCAUUCGAUGUUUUUAUCUUUCCCAAGCUCAAGUCAAUACAACAGAAGGACCUUACGAAAUUGUUUGACAAAAUUGAGCCAGGAGUUAAACCAAAAAGAUUAUUAUUUAGAGAUAGGGAGAGACUAGAAUCUAACGUUAAUUUGGUGCAAUCAAAGGGGGAUGAUGAUAUUGUAAUGCAAGAUGCAAUAACCGCUAAUCAAGAAGAAGAGAAAUUUGAUCCAUAUGAACUUGAGGAACCUGUUGACGUUUUAAGUAAGUUGCCGACUGAUUUAUCAUCUAGAAUAUCUGAUCCUAUUUGGAAGGAAAGAGUAGCAGUGCUUGAGGAAAUUAGCAAGCUUUUCAAAGUGAUGAAAAUUAAAAAUGACGAUUUUUCUGACUUUAUUGGAUUGAUGGUAAAAUGUCUAAAAGAUGUCAACCUUCAGGUCCUUUCUCUCUCCUGUAGUAUACUGGUAGAUUUAGCUAAUGGGUUGAAACGUAAUUUUGAAAGAUAUGUCCGUACAAUCAUCAAUCCCUUACUUGAAAGAACCAAAGAGAAGAAGAGGACAAUUUUGGAUUCAUUAAACAAUGUUUUAGACCUAUGUUUUAAAUAUGGAAGAUUUGAAGAUAUUCUAGAGCCUAUAGUGGAACAUAUGUCACAUAUUGCACCCCCAGUUAAAGUCGAAAGUAUGCAUUAUCUGGUUAGAUGUUUGAAAGAACUUGAAGAGGUGCCCAAAAAGCAUGAAGUUGAAAUCAUUAUGGAGCCUGCUAUAAAACUACUACAGGAUUCUCAGCUACCUGUUAGAAACGCUGCUUCGGAAGUUAUAGGUGUCCUACUAAAAAUGAUAGGUCCAGAUAAUUCGAGAUACUUUAUAGAUAAAAUUGACAAAAGGCAUGUCAAAAAAGUCUUAAGUAUCUGUGAUUCGACGACGGUUAAAGCCCUUCGUAAAAGUAUCCACCGAAAAUCUCCAAUAAGUGCCAAAACAGAAGCUAUCCCUGACUUAAGAAAUAAAUCUACAGUCUCGGUAAAUGAUGAGAGUAGAAAAGUACAACAGCAACACAAUGAUACUUCAAUGAACACCUCAUCGAUCCCUUCCAAAAGAAUGGCUACUUCCCCAUUGAAAAAGGAUAGCAUAGGCUCGAAGAGUAACCUAACCUCAAGGUCCUUGAAAGCAUCCAAUAUUAGUAAUUUUGGGAUGGCGUCUCAGCAAGUGAAAGAGUUGGAAACAUUACGAGCUGAGAAAUUAGAGUGGAUGUCCCUUAAGAAGAACUUGACUGCUGAACUUGAAGACGCAAAGCAUAAUAAUGAGACUCUACUGAAAGACAUAGUCACGCUAAAUGGGAAGCUGGAUGACUACCACAACAAGUUCACAACAAUGAGUAUGACCCUCAAAUCUAAAGAUACGCAAAUCUUCCGACUUAAAAGUGAUUUGCAGAAUUUCCAAACUAAAAACAUUCAGUAUCAGCAGAAAAUAAAAAUGCUGGAAAACCAAUUGAAGAACGCCUCUACAUCAUCUUCAUCUGCUACUUCUUUUUCUUCAACUAAACCUGUGGACCCCGUGAACAGCACCGACUUGGCUACAGAAUCCAAUGAUAUCAAUAGAAGGAUAUCUAUUCUAAGUAUUGACUCGAACAAUGGAGAUGGUUCAUUUCUUGCAAGGGAAGAAUCCCCUAGUCUACAGUUGAACCAAAGUACGUUAUAUAACUUUGACGACAAUGAUGACGGUUGGAAACGUGCCACUGCCGUAACCAACGACCUCAAGGCAAAGAUACAAAUGAUGAAGGCACGAACGCGUGUGCUUGAUCAUGCUGAUGAUUGA